CCUAAAUUGUUGAAAUACAUUUAUUUUGACCAAACAUGGGCAACACCUGUUGAAUUCAGCCACACCAGUAUGAUGAGAAUAAGACAACCUGGAUCACCUAUGAGAGCUUGGCUCAGGACUUUGAGGAUCAUGAGGACCCAGGGUUCUUGCUUACUCAAGAAAGCAAAGCCAAAACUUGCUCUUUCAAGAUUAAGAUAAGCAAAUUCAGAGGCAAAAAGUUUUGCUGUAAUAAGUGCUAUAUUGACAUUAAGUUCGAUAAUGAUAAUCAAAAGUUAGCCAUUAGCUCUGAUUCUAGCAGCGGCAGAGAGAAUCUUAAGUGGAGCCUAGACCAAACCUUGUUCCUUAGAGAGAAAUAUGGCAAUUUGAAGCGGAAAUAUUUCAACUUAAGCUUAAAAAGGAGAAAAGAUGAUACAGACCCUUUCGCAAAGCUUAAAAUUGACUUGCUGACGCUUGCUAAUGGCCCUAUAUGAUAUACAGUCAGAAUGAAGCACAUGCAUAGACCUGAUGAGAUUGCAGGAAUACUUUCGUUUAAGGUGGAAGUAGAGCAACUCCAAAAUUUUAGUUUAACUCUAAACAGUAUCAACUGCAAAUUCUUAUCCAAUAUGCACAAAGGGAUGUACAUUACCUUCAGAAUUAUCACCUGUGGGGAUAGCUUAGACAGUGAUAAGUCUAAAUCAGUUAUUGGAGAGUUUGCACCAGAUGAAACGUACCAAACCAAAUAUAAAUGGGAUACAAUGAGUGACGAAGGAAAAGACAUCCAAAUCCAGCUUACCACCACCAUCGAAAGCCUCAAGUCUUCCUCUGUCCAGGUGUGCGUCUGGAACGAUAAAUCCAUGAGGAAGUAUGACGACAUGGCUGAAAUUCGGUAUAAAAGAUUUCUAAAUUCGGAUUAUGAAGAUCACUGAUCUAGCCCAAGAGUUUGAAAAGCCAAAAAGGUGCGAUCAAGGGCUAGGCUAAAUAGCACAAAGGAGAUUCCUGAAUUAAAAUAUGAGUCAGCAAACCCAGCUGAUUUAUCAAAGAACAGCAUUGAUUUGCUUAAGAUGGACUCUGGCAUUAAGACUGCCAAUAAGCUUUUGAAUGAAUCUAUGGUUGAAAAUGUAAUCCAGAAAGCACUUAUUAAGAAAAUUAAGAAAAGAAGAGCAGAUAUGGCUAAUCUUGAGGGUGAAUGUUACUUUUCCUUCCAAAAACUGCUUUCCAAAGAGUUCAGAAAUAUGGAUAGGAAGGAUUACGAUAAAUUUGAAGAGGCUAUGAGAAAACCUGAAUCUUGUGCAAAGUUAAAAGCAGGAAAGUCAGUUCAACAGCUUCAAACUAGAAAAUCUUUCAGUAAGAAUCAGGUAAAUGACAAAUUCUUCAAGGAAACGAUUUGGCUCUUUGGAAAGAAAGUUGGUCAAACCAAAGGUAUUUUCAAAGUCAAACUUGGAAACGCUAUGCACCAAAUGGGAGUAGGAGUCAUGACUGAGAAUGGUAUCAGCUUCUCGACUUCCUUAGUCCUUGGCAUUCCAAAGCCGCUGAAAAACAUUGACCUCAAGAGAUUCUUUAAGAAGGGAGAGGAGCACGGGAAACUUCCAGAAAAAUUCAUCCAGCUUAAUAAAUUAGUCAAAGAACUAUAUGAAUUAGAAAAGACUUGAAGUAAGAGAUCAAUGAAGCUUAUUCAAAAGCGAGAAAAUCUCCUUAAAGAAAUUAUUGGAGAACUAAGCAAGACGAUUGGAUCUAGAAAAUAACACUAUAUAUAAUGACCUUCUCUGCUUGAUCAGAACUCAGGACCUUCUCAUCGUCUUUUACCUGCAUUGCAUCACUGUCUGCGACAGAGUCUCACAAUUAGAAGUCAGACAGUACUACUACAAAAUAAUGCUACAGCUGCUGAAGAGUCAAGAACUGGAGCUGGCCCAAAUCGGAUUCAGAGGAGAUUCCAUGCUUAAUAAAUCUGUAUUCGGAGUUACAGGAACUCCUAGACAGAAAUUCAUGAAGCCAAGCUCCAAGCUGAACAAGAUUGGUAUAAAAAAUUCAAGUAAAAUCAAAGGAUUCAUGGCUAAUCAUGAAAAUGUGAACCAAAAUUUCGAGAACUCGAAGGCUAAUCUAGAGGACGUGAUCAAAAGUAACAAGGUUCUGAUAGGUCUGAACUAUCAAUACGUCCUUUGCAAGACGUUGAAGUAUGCUUUGAACAAGCUAGGCAGGAGAGGAGGUAUCUCAGACGACCAUCUCAGAGAUUUCAUUGAAAAAUUCAUACCAAUUGCGUACUUCCGGAUACCAACUUUUAGAGAGAAAUUUUUGACAAUUAUCUCUCAAAGUAUCAUUGAAGAGGACCAAAAGGAUGCUCAGAAGACUUCAAGCAGUGAGAACGAUGAGUCUUUGAAGGAAACUACACCUGAAGACAGCUUCAAGUUGAAGGAAGCUCCUGAGGCUCCACCUCUGCGAAGUAGCAGAUCAAGCAUUAAGCGUCUAAAGAUCCUUAAGUCUGAUGAAAUCAGCGAAUGGUUCAGAAUUGAAUUUCCGAAAAGAGAUGACUAUGAGCAGAAGCAUGUUCCUAAAUCUAUGGUAGCUCUAGAUGAAAGUGAGGCUACCUCGUCAGACUCUGAUGAGCAGUAUCUUCCUCAAGAAACCAAGCCUGCAACUCCGAAGUUGCCUUCUAAGAAGUAUGGAGGGGCUAUUGGCCAUAUAUUCGACUGGGAUAGGCACUUCUAUGAUCAUCUCCCUGAUGGAAAUGAGCAGAAGAAAGAAAGCGACAAGCUCCUACAAAAAUGUGUCGAUGACUCAGACUGGCACGAUAGAAUUAAGAAAAGAGGAAUAGGGUUUUUACUUAUAGUUGCUGAAUGGUCCAAGUUCGUCAAAGGAUCUAUUGUUCCUAAGAAUAUAUUUUGGCAAGAUGUUCCAGGAUACAAGCUAAUCGUUAAGGCUAUACUACGAGAAAUGAAGAAUAAAUCCCUCUUGUUGUACCCAGAGGCCCUGAUUGAUUGCACAAUGUCGUUGCUAUCAAAUGAAAAGGUGUUAUCUGUCUUAGUAAAGAUUGUGUUUAAGAAGACAAAUAUCUAUGACAAGAUUCAAGUGAUAUACUCCAUUGACCUUGUCAUAAAGUGGCUAAACAAGCUCCAGAACAACUACCAGUACAUCCCUGCAUCGUUUGAUUUCUCCUUUUUCAACCAAUGAGUAAAAACAUUGUUGGAUCAAGAUCACCUAAUCUUGAGGACAAAAUGUCUCUGGAUGAUAUACAAGAGCUUGCAUUUGUUUCCAGCAGAGGCAAAGGAAGAACUCAUCAACAUGAUAGUGACUAAGUAUUUCAACAAGUUGUUUUUCAACUGGUCUUUCAACGUGAGGAGUUUGGUCACUCAUGUUCUCCUGUAUCAGCUCCACUUCAUUCAUUUUGAGAUGGUAAAGAUCAUGAACGAGAAGCCAAAGCACCGUAAGAAGAAAGAAAAGACUCCCAAGAGGGAUAAAUUUGAGAGUACGAUCAUGCGCAACCUCCAGAAACCGAAGAAGGCAGCCCCUGAGGUUGAUGAUGAAGAAGCUCAUUACGAGCACAAAAUUUCUGAGGAAUAUGAGAAAAUAGCUAUUCUCAAAAACACUGAUGUAAUCAAAUAAAGUUAAGGAAAGGAUGGAUGACAUUAAGUUCUUGGUAUCUUACUAUACUGGGAAAGACUCACGAAUCCAUAAAAGCAAGCCCAAGAAGGUCUAUUCUGGGGAGAAAGAUGAUGACCAAAUGGAGAGUAAUACACGAUAUCAAAAGAUAAUCAAGAAGAUUCCUAAGAAUCUCCAUGUUUAUGUAGAACCUGCCAUCACUCAAUUCGUCAAAGAAAGAGAAGCAUAUGAGCUAUGGGCAGAUAAAAGCAGACCUGUUAUACGAGACAAGCAGUUGUUUAUGGUCUUUGACCACCUUCCUGAGAUAAAGCUCAACGUCCCCGUGGACGAACCCCAUAUUGUCUCUGAUGAGUGGUAA